GCCCGCUGAGCACUGACCAAUAGGCGCGUCCCGAUUCCGCGGGGGGCGGGGCCUCGAGCCUGGGCUCCGGGGACCCGCCCCCCGUACGUGGCCUGCGUGCGUGACGCCGGGCGGCGCGAGGCGGUUUCUGCAGCGUGUGGCGCCCCCCGGCGGCAGCGAGGACUCCAUGUGACAGCGGGACGGGCGCGCCUGCGAUGGAGCCGCAGACACCGCCGGGAACACCCGGGGACCCCGUCGCUCGGCCGCCUGAGGACGAGGGGCGGCGGGAGGGCCGCACAGCGCCGGCGGAGGCUUCCCUGGGCGCCGCGGCGGACGGCGCCUGUGCCGACGCGCUGUGGGAGCUGCCGGUGGAGCCCGCCCAGCGGAGGCCCCAGUGCAGCCGCUGCAGCCGGCCUCAGAAAGUAUGUUUGUGUCCAUUUCUACCAUUGCAUCCUCUGCACAUCUCUACUCAUUUGUACAUAAUUCAGCAUCCGGCAGAGGAAAGCAAAGUGUUGCGGACAGUUCCCUUAUUAGCAGCAUGCCUCCCCCAGGACAAGUGUAAAGUCAAGAUUGGUCGUCGCUUCAGUGAAGAAAGAGAUCCUGAACUUUCAAAUGUUUGUCGGAAGUCUGAUACAUUAAUAUUAUAUCCAGGGGCUGAAGCUGCUAAUUUGGAAGAAUUUAUAUUAGAUUCUCCUACUUAUCCUUCCACAAUCAUCAUCAUUGAUGGUACAUGGAGCCAGGCUAAGGACAUUUUCUAUAAGAAUUCUUUGUUCCGACUCCCCAAACAGGUGCAGUUAAAAACUAGCAUUUCUAGUCAGUAUGUAAUUCGGACGCAACCAACUAAUAGGUGCCUUUCUACACUGGAAUGUGCAGCUGCUGCUCUUUCCAUUUUGGAGAAAAAUAAUUACAUACAAGAGACUUUGCUUCGUCCUCUUCAAGCUUUAUGCUCUUUCCAGCUUCAGCAUGGUGCUCAAAUUCGCCUCAGCAAGGAACAUCUUCUGAAGAAUGGAUUAUAUCCUAAGCCAAUGCCAAAGAACAAACGCAAACUCAGGAAAAUGGAGCUGUUAAUGAACAGUGUUAAAAUUUAGUACAGUUGUUCCGUGGUGCUAGUUAUGGCGUCUUUCACUGACAAGACGAGGUUAAGUUUUCCAGAAAUUUAAGUCUGUGAGUUUUUGACUGUCUAAAGAAUGAGAGUUGCAUACUAAACUUGCCCAGAAGGAAGUAAACCAAAUAGUCAUAAAAAAACAACAACAAAAAAAUUUCACUGACUCCAUAAAAAGAAGGUUUUAUAGUUUGUUUUAAAAAAUGUGCCUCUAAUACAUUUUUUCAGAUCCAUUGUUUGAAAUGUGAUUAGUUAUUGAGAGAGGUUCGAAGUUUGUCUUUAUAAAAUGGAAAGAAAUUAUUGUAUCUGAUGGGGGAAGUAUUGUUUUCAUUAAUGUUUAUAGAUAGAUAUAGACCUAUAAUAGAGGGUACUUACAUCAGUAUGCAAUCUUGCACAUAAAGUUUAUAGUUUGCAAUAAGUAACAAAAAUAAUGAUCAAGUAGUUUAGAUUGAAUUAAUUUAUUUCAUAGAAAAACAGAUUAAGGAGACUAUAUUCUUUAGGGAAUAAAUUUGAAUUCAACUAUUAUGAUUUAAGUGUUCUAUUAAUUGCCUGAAUUUUUUGGUAUUAAGGUAUAAUUGGAAUAUAAGAUUUUAUUAGUUUCAGGUGUUUACCAUAAUGAUUCAAUAUUUAAAUACAUUGCAAAAUAAUCAACACAUUAUAAGUCUAGUUAACGUCCCUCACCAUACAUAUUUACAAAAUUUUUUUCUGGUGAUGAGAACUUUUAAGAUAGACUUUCUUACACUUUCCAAUAUGCAGUAUUUGCAAUUUUACAGAAUUAUUAACUGUAGUCACCAUGCUUUAUAUUAAUAUCCCCAUGACUUUAUAACUGGUAGUUUCUUUUGACCCCAUUCACCCACUUUGCCCACCAAACACCCUCUGGCUCUGGCAAACACCAGUCUAUACUCUGUUUCUGUGAGUUUUUUUUUUUUAAAGAUUCCACAUAUAAAUGAUAUCAAAUCAUAUUUAUCUUUAUGUGACUUAUUUCACUGAGUAUUAAUGACCUCCAGGUCCAUCCAUGUUGUCACAAAUGGCAAGAUUUCAUUCUUUUGUAUGGCUGAAUAAUAAUCCAUUGUAUAUAUGUAUACACACCACAUUUUCUUUUUUCAUUCAUUGAUGGCUGUUUAGGUUAUUUCUAUAUCUUGGCUAUUGUAAAUAAUGCUGCAGUGAGCACAGAGGUGCAUCUUUUCAAAGUAGUCUUUUUGUUUUUCUUGGCUAAAUAUCCAGAAGUGGAAUUACCAGAUCAUAUAAUAGUUCUAUUUUUAACUUUUUGAGGAAUCUCCAUACUGCUUUCCACUGUGGCUGCACCACUUUGCAUUUCCCCCAGCAGUGCACAAGGGUUCCCCUUUCUCCACAUUUUCUGUGACAGCCCUUGUUAUUACUUGUCUUUUUGAUACUAGCCAUUCUGACAGGUGUGAGAUGACAGCUCAUGGUGGUUUUGAUUUGUAUUUCCUUGAUGACAAGUGAUGUUGAGCAUCUUCUCACAUACCUCUUGGCCAUCUGUAUGUCUUCUUUAGAAAAAUAUCUAUUCGGAUCCUCGGCACAUUUUUUUUUCCCCAUUUUUAAAUCAAAUUGUUUUUUUGUUUUUUGUUUUUCUUUUGCUGUUAUAUGAGUUCUUUAUAUAUUUUUGUUAUUAACCCCUCAUCAGAUAUCAGAACAUGCAAAUAUUUUCUCCCAUUCCAUAGGUUGCCUUUUCACUUUGUUGAUUUCCUUUGAUGUGCAGAAGCUUUUUCGUUUGAUGUAGUCCCAUCUAUUUAUUUUUACUUUUCUUGCUUAUGCUUUUGAUGCCAGAUAUGAAAAAUCAUUGCUAAGACUGAUUUUUUUCUAGUUUUAUGAGUUUCACAUCUUACAUUCAAAUCUUUAAUCCAUUUUGAGUUAAUUUUUGUGUGUGGUGUUAAAUAGUGGUCUAGUUUCAUUCUUCUGCAUGUGGAUGUAGCUUUCCCCAAUAUCAUUUAUUGAAAACUAUCCUUUCCCCACUGUAUAUUCUUGGCUCCUUUGUCAUAAAUCAUAAUUCAAUUGAUCAUGUAUGUGUGGCUUUAUUUUUGAGCUCUAUUCUAUAGUUCUAUGGAUAUAUUCAUGUGUUUUAAUGCCAAUAACCAUACUAUUUUGAUAGCUAUAGCUUUGCUAUGUACUUUGAAAUUAGGGGGCGUGAUGCUUCUCUCUGUUUCUCUUUCUCAAGAUUGCUUUGGCUCUCUGGGAUCUUUCGUGGCUUCUUAAAAAUUGUUUAUUCUCUAUCUAUGAAAAAUGCCAUUAGAAUUUUGAUAUGGAUUGCAAUGAACCUGGAGAUUGCUUUGAGUAGUAGCCCUAAUUUUGAAAGAGGUGAAUGUAAUUUUGACAUAGCAUACAUUUUUAUUUGUAAUACUCUGGGUAAGUUUGGAUUUUUCAAUACUCAUCUAAUAGGUUUAUUGACUAUGAUAAACUAGUCCUUUUGAAGUUUUUACAUGGAAAUAACUGAGCUAGAAUAUAAUACAACUAUAAUUUCAAGAACAUAAUUUUCUAACUAGGGUUAUUUAAAUCUUUUUUGGUGGCAAAAAGUAAAUUGCAGGGAUUAAAUUUCUCCCACCUUCUUGGGAAAAUAUUUACUGACAUUUUAUAUAGUAUUAGAGACAUGUAUAUAAUAUAUAUUUAUAUCUAACUUAAAUCUACUGCAAUUGUAUACACAUCUUGGCAAGAAGGGACUUGGUUUAGUUCUUUAUUUAUGACUUCUAGAGUUUUCUGUAUCCAGUUUUAAGUUGUAAGGAAAAACUAAACGUAUGAUUUAAAAGUAAACUUGUUACAUAUAUGUUUGUAUGUGUGAUAAAUGAGUAUAUACCAGUGGUUAUUUCUGACCAUUUCCAAACUUUUUAUUUCUAUUAUUGACCUGGAUUAGACCCUUCUUAAAAACUUUAAUGCUAGUCCUAAUUGGAAUGCUAAUGAAUAUUUGAGGGAACUAUGCAGAAAAUAUUUUAAAAUACUAAACAGAAGUGAGAUUUCUAUCUUGUAUUACUGACUUUUUUUUGGAUUUAAAUACAGGUUAGCUCAUUUAUAAUCUAAAACACCUAUCAAAUGACUAUCAAGGUA